AUGACGGUUCCAAGUUUAUCUUUUAGAGCUUCAUGCAUUUUAGCAAUAUUAAUUCGAGUAGUGAUGUUAAUAUAUGGAGAGUGGCAAGAUGCGAAUAUGCAAGUGAAGUAUACAGAUAUUGAUUAUAAAGUUUACUCUGAUGCAGCACGUUUUGUUGCAAUGGGAGAAAGUCCAUACAAACGGGCCACAUAUAGAUACACACCAUUGUUAGCGUUUCUAUUGCUGCCUAAUGUAUAUCUACACAAAUCAUUUGGAAAGCUAUUAUUUGUUAGUUCAGAUAUAUUGGUUGGAGUAUUGAUUUAUCGAAUUGUUUGUUUGCGUGGAUUGGACAAACAAAAAGCAACAAUUUAUUCAUCACUUUGGCUUCUGAAUCCGGUGGUAGCCAACAUUUCAACACGUGGUAGUGCAGAGUCGUUGAUUAGUGCCAUGGUGUUGUUAUCAUUGUAUUUGAUGGUAGUGAAAAGAUUUAAGAUGGCAAGUGCAUUGUAUGGAUUAUCAGUUCAUUUCAAGAUAUAUCCAAUCAUUUAUUCGAUUCCAUUGUUGGUGUUGUUAGAUGAUGAGGAUUAUUGGGGGAUUAGGAGGAAGGGAAAGGAGAAAGAGUAUGAUAGGAAUUCAUUGAAAUAUUGGACUGGAAUGAUUAGUAAAUUUGUGACAACGACCAGAAUUAAUUUUGCAUUGAUUAGUGGUGGUGUAUUUUUUAUUCUGAACGGUCUGAUGUAUUAUUUGUAA